AUUUCUGGAAUUAUAUAAUUUUUUUAUUCCUUAUGUAGGAAAUUAAAAUAUUUUCUACUAAACAUAGAGGUUAUAGAUCAUUGUACUUUUUGAGAAGAUAUAUUACUUAAAUGUUUCGUAAAAUUAAUACUGUGAAAUCGAUCCUCGGUGCUGUGUAUUCAUCCACUGAAGCAUUUGUGUCAUCUAAUGUUUCACGUAGAGUGCAGCAAUUUAGAGAAUUGUUAAAUAAAACAGAUAACAAUGAUAUACUCACAGACUCAUUUGGAAGACGUCAUACAUAUUUACGUAUUUCUAUUACUGAGCGUUGUAAUCUUCGAUGUUUAUAUUGUAUGCCGGCAGAAGGAGUUAAGUUGACAAAAAAUGAUGGUAUUUUAAAAACAGAUGAAAUAAUUAAAAUAGCUGAAUUAUUUGUAAAUGAAGGUGUAAAUAAGAUACGUUUAACUGGUGGUGAACCAACUGUUAGGAAAGACAUUGUGGAUAUUAUUGCUGGAUUAAAACAAUUGCCUAAUCUAAAACAAGUUGCAAUUACUACUAAUGGAUUGACAUUAACGCGCCAGUUACCAUCACUUCAAUACGCUGGGUUAGAUGCAAUAAAUAUUUCAUUAGAUACUUUAAGAGAAAAUCGUUUUGAACAAUUUACCCGUAGGAAGGGAUGGUCUAGAGUUAUGUCUGCAAUUGAUCUUGCUAUUCAAUUAGGUUACAAUCCAGUAAAGAUAAAUUGUGUGGUAAUGAAAGGUUCUAAUGAUGAUGAGAUAAUUGAUUUUGUUAAUCUAACAAAAGAUCGUCCGAUUGAUGUACGUUUUAUUGAGUAUAUGCCUUUCCAAGGUAAUGAGUGGAAAGAGAAUAAAAUGGUUUCUUUCAAGGCCAUGAAAGAUCUUAUUAGAGAUACAUAUCCUGAUUUGCAACGUCUUCCAAAUGAGUACAAUGAUACAUCUAAAGCAUACUUUGUACCUGGAUUUACAGGACAAGUUGGAUUUAUUACAUCAAUGAGUGACCAUUUUUGUAACUCGUGUAAUCGGUUAAGAAUAACAGCAGAUGGAAAUUUAAAAGUCUGUUUAUUUGAGGGAAAAGGAGAAGUAUCUCUUCGAGAUGCGUUACGUAGCGGAGCGUCUAACGAUGUUUUAAAAGAAAUGAUUGGAGAAGCAGUAUGGCGUAAAAAGAAGCAACAUGCAGUUACAAAGAAAUAUGUACACCUGAGAAGAUAUAAAAAUUUCCAAAAUAAUAUACCGCGACAGUAUUUAAUGGAUUACGUGAGACUACAGUUUAAAAAUGGUACAAAUGUAAGAGUAUUUUCGUCUCUGUCGCAUGUGGAUCAAAGUGGCAAAGCAAGUAUGGUAGACGUUGGUUCGAAAAACGAAACUAAACGCAUCGCAAUAGCAAGAGGAAUUGUACAAGUUAAUUCAACAAUAAGCAAAUUGAUAGCUGAAAAUAAUGUAAAAAAAGGCGAUGUAUUGUCCGUAGCACAAUUAGCGGGUAUCAUGGCAGCAAAACGUACUUCUGAUUUAAUACCAUUAUGUCAUCCACUUCCGUUAUCUUAUGCAAAUGUACUUUUGCGUUUAAACGAAGAAUUACAUUGCAUAGAGAUCACAGCGGAAGUUAGGUGUACUGGUAAAACUGGUGUAGAGAUGGAAGCUUUAACAGCUGUGAGUAUUGCGGCUUUAACAAUUUAUGAUAUGUGCAAAUACGCGGCGUCUCCGAAAUCGAUGAAAAUAUCCGAUAUCGAAUUGGUUUCAAAAACUGGUGGUACAAAAGGUGAUUUCUUUAGGAAUUAGAUUUCUAUAGUGUAUCUUGAAUAUACAUAAUAUAUAUAUAUAUAUAUAUAAAAUUUUAUUCUGCUCAGUAGUAUGUUAUCACUGAAUUAUUGGAUAUUUUUAUACGUUUAUAUUCUAUUAGUAAAGGAGUGUCGUUGUAAUAUGUAAAUUUUAUCAUGUUUUCUAUUAUAAAAAAUUUAUUCUAGUAUGUAAGUAUAUACGUACCUGUUAAUGUAAAAAUAAGAAAAUUCAGACUAUAUUUUAUUACCUAAUAUGUAUGUAAUAUUUGUGUUGACUGAAAAUCAUAUGGUAUUCCUUUUUCUUUAUUGGAAGAAUUUAAAAUGUAUCUUUAUACAUGUAUGUAUAUAAUUAUCUUUCAUGUUGACAUUUGCACAUUGAACGGUCGCUGCCUGUAUUUCUGUUAAACAAUUGUUAAAUCAUUGAAGUGAGAUAUAUUAUUUUUAAUCCUAUAAAA